AAAUCGAGCAAAUAAACCCCUCAUCCGUUGACGAGACAAGGCCACAGCCGAGCUGCGGCGAAUACGUUGCCUUGAGCACCAAAUACCAGUCGCCAAAACGCCAAUGAUCUUCAGAAGUUAGAAAGGAGGGGCCAUCGUUCGAGAUACGAGGAGAUAUCUGCUCAAAAGGAGAAGCGUAUUGCGCAAGGAAUAAGCGCCAAAAUGGUUGGUAGGGCUUCUGUUACUCGUGAGCCCGGUUCCCCCGCCGCGCUGGCGGACUUGAACUCGACACACUCGCGUCGAAGCUCUUCUAGGGCUUCUCAAAGAACAGCCCCAGCUCCCGACCUCAACGCGUCAAAUCUAACACAAUCAUCAUACUCUCUUCCCCCAACUCCUCUCACUUCAUCUUUCGAAGAGUUUCUGCCUUCUGCAAAGAGACGUAGAACCCAGCGUGGGGUUAACUCUGCGGACCGAACUCCACCUCCAGGUGCUGCAGAGACUCCAGUCCACAGAGCCUUCUCUGAACCAUUUCAAAACCCCAAGCCGUACAGCUCUUCCGCGAAGCCACCUCGUCCUAGUAACCUUGCGCGGUCCAAUACUCAGACCUCUCAGGUGCAGGACGCAUCUCUCACGGAACCUGAGCUAGGAACUCCGACGAGCUCCAAAUCUAACCCGCCUCCUGCUGAAGGGCUUUCAACUGAGCAGUCUCAGAUCGAUCCACCAGCCGAUCUACAGACAAUAACUCCGAAGAACCUUCCGACCAGGGACAAACCUAUUACCAUCAAAGCUGAACCAGACAAAGAGAACUCCACAGAUUCACCUUCCGCCAUGGGUGCCGCAGUGUCGUCUCAUCACCGCAAGGCUAGAAAGUCCAAUCCAGCUCGAAGUGCGAGCCAGGAAGAUAGAGCGACCCCAUCCAAGGCUUCUUCGCGCGCUUCCACCCCUCAGUCUUCUCGUCGAGACCGGAAGUCAAGGCUCGGUGCCAAUACUGGUGCAAAGAUUACCAAGGCACCGCCAGCUUCGAAGGCCCAAGCGACGCCAACUGCUAAGGCGAAAGCGCAGGAGAAUGGAUCUGUGAACUCCACUACACCUGCGAAGCAGCCACAGACCACAACUCCUAUUGCUCCAUCCACCAGACCACGCCGCGGCGACCGCAGGUCUACCAGAACCGUGACUGAGCAAACACCCAACAGCUCAAAUCAAGAGACUGCGAAUUCAGCGCCCUCAGUGGCUCAAAACAAAAGCCAUGAACACAUCCAGUCACAAUCGCCCAGCAAACGAAGCAACAUGGUAACACUCAACGUGGGCCGUAAAUCGUUGGAGUCUUUCCUGGCCCAGCAGAAAACCCAUGAUGAUGAGGUCGCCAACCACAUCAACACCCCCCGCCAUAUUGAAAAUGGGGAUUACCAUUUCGAUUACGAUUCGGAAAUGUACAAGAACAACUACGGCCUUGACGGUAACAUGGAUGGCCCUACUUCUCCAAAUAGUCUUUCAACAACGACCUCCGCAGCCGCACGCACCUCCGGACGCACACGUAAGCCAACUAUGCGAGCGAUGGAAUCGCUCGAAUCGGAGAAUCGAAGCCGCCGUACACGGGCAGCAUCUAACAAGCCAAACUCUGACGCAACCCCUGGCACCACCACACGUUCUAAACAGAAGCCAGCACGGCGUUCACCAGCGUCCGCGACAAAACCUGCAAGGAAACCUGACGUUAUGGUCAUCGCUAGGCAAAUUUAUGAGCUAGCUGCUGCUGCCGUCGCACCAGGAUUUGUCCCUGAAUCAAAGGUUGAUAUAUGGAUUAAGGAGCUGCAACAAAAAGUUGACAAAAAAGCAAAGGAAAAAGAGGCAGUAAAUUCGCCUGAACCUGCAAAAAAACCGCAAGCUGAGAGGGAAAACACGCCACCCUCCAGUAAGCCAUUCGCGGACAACGUACAAGCUUCAACACCAUGGACCGAUGAGGAAGGUUGGGAAUACACAGGCCAAGUAAACAAGCAUGAAGAAGAGUAUGUUAUUGUUCCAGAGGAUUAUGAGUGGUACCGUCCCAACAACACCUACGGAGAUGAUGAGCUUCCUCUUCCCCCUGUCCGCGUGAGGUCGUUGGUUCAGGCUGAAAAGGACCGCGCCCUUGGCUAUCCUCCACGUAUCGGAGACCGCAAUACACCAGUUGAUAAUCAAGGAUGCUUCUUGUUUGAAAACGUCCCCGAAGAGCGCCGUAUGCUUGAGAUUAGGGAAGCCGCGCGCGCAAGGGGAAUUUAUGUCUCCAGCUUCAUGUCCUUUGAAGAAGUGGACAAGUUGAUCAAGCUCUACGACAGUGGUCAACCUCCCGUGCUACCUCCACCACCCGAACCGGUCCUGCCUCCUACUCCUGAAACCAUCCCGACGAAAACGAAGGGAACUUCUCGCAAGCGCCGCCGCGCCGACACUGCGUCCGCCAAUAAAACGACCGAGCCCGUUGAUACCCCCAAACCGAAGAGACUGCGACAAGGAGCCAAUAACACCGAAACUCCCCCCGCAACGACUCCCACCCAGCCUAUUGAAGAAGAUAAGGAAAAGGAAAAAGAAAAGGACAAAGACAAAGACAAAGACAGUCCACCAGAUGAGAAGAAAUCAUUCAAGAUUACCCUGACGUUUGAAAACAGGCGAUUUCUCCUGGAGCAGGCUUCGAGUGACACUGAUGGCACUGAUACCGGCCAGUCUGAUGUCGAAGACAAUGGCCCAGAGAACGCUCGUAGUCAUGACAUGCAGUUGUCGAAAAUUGAGGCUCCUACUACUGAAGACGUUGUAGAAUCAACUCGAGUGCCUUCAACUCCCGCAAAAGCAACCGACCAGGCCGAGAAGCCUAAUACUGAGGUUACUCCUGGCUCAGCCGAGCACCCCUCUACCGAAACGACACCUGGAGGCCGGCCCCGUCGCCGUGCGGCCGAUGCCCUGAUGGCCAACUUCCAGAAGCACGCAGAAGAUCGGGCUAAGCGAGCGGAAAGGGCCCGCCUUGGUCAUGCACGCAGGAAAGGAACCCCCCUGAAAACAGUUACCGGAAUCCACGGGGACACGGUUGAAUCUCCAAUUCGCCCUCCUGCCGUCGAUCCCAUGAAUCUUGAUUAGAGGUGCAAUCACCAAUCCACAAAGAUGCCUCUAUUCACGCAGGAAUUUCUUUUCAUCUUUCCGAAAUCGUCUCUUUCAGUUCCUCUUUCGGAGUCAUGG